GCGGAAGCCGCCCUGAUGUACGACUCUGUUUUCGUCUUCGCCAUCGGCUUGCAGACGCUGGAGCAGUCGCACACCCUGAAGCUGUCCAACGUGUCCUGCGACAAGGAGCAGCCUUGGGACGGCGGCCUCAGCCUUAUCAAUUACAUUAAUGCGGUGGAGUUCAAGGGGCUGAGCGGCCCCAUAGAAUUCAAAGAGGGCAGGCGGAUUCAGUUUAAACUCGACUUGCUGAAGCUGAAACAGCACGCCUUGGUCAAGGUCGGUGAGUGGCACCCGGGGGCAGGGGUCAACAUCACGGACAGGGCCGCCUUCUUUGAUCCCGGCACGAUGAACGUCACCCUCGUCGUUACUACGAUUCUGGAGAUUCCCUAUGUCAUGAUGCACACGGGGAAGAAUUUCACUGGGAACAGCCGAUUUUAUGGGUUUUGCAUCGACAUCUUGGAGCGCGUCUCUCAAGAAGUCGGCUUCGACUAUCUCCUUGAUUUAGUGCCCGAUCGGAAGUACGGGGCACGCGAUCAAAACACCGGCAUUUGGAACGGCAUGGUGCUUCAGCUUGUGCAGCAUGAGCAGCCCUACGUAAUGCUAAAACCCCAACCCAACCUAGUAGGUAACGAUCGCUUCGAGGGAUUCUGCAUUGAUCUCCUCAAGGAAAUUGCCUCGAUGGUAAGUUUCGAGUAUAGGAUAGUGUUAGUGCCUGACGGAAAGUACGGGGCUUUCGAUUUCGAAACGGGAGAAUGGAACGGGAUUGUCAGGCAAUUAAUGGAUAAGAAAGCCGAUUUGGCCGUGGGAUCAAUGACCAUAAACUAUGCCAGGGAGAGCGUCAUAGACUUCACGAAGCCCUUCAUGAACCUCGGGAUCAGCAUUCUAUUUAAGGUGCCGACUGACAAAGAAUCUGCUUUUUUCACGUUCCUGGACCCUCUAGGAUUAGACAUUUGGAUUUUCGUGGCUGGCGCUUUCUUUAUGGCAGGCUUUACCAUAUUUACCCUAGCUAAAUUCACGCCUUAUGAGCUGGUGAACCCGACGCCCUGGAAACACACCGGUCACCUCGUUAAUCAGUUAAAUAUAUCGAACAGCUUCUGGUUCGCCACGGGGACGUUACUCAGGCAAACCUCCGGUGUUAACCCCCAGGCAACAUCGACGAGAAUCGUAGGCGGCAUUUGGUGGUUUUUUACCUUAAUUAUAAUAUCUUCGUACACAGCUAAUCUAGCGGCCUUUCUCACAGUGGAGCGCAUGAUAACGCCCAUCGAAAACGCUGAAGAUCUGGCCGGACAAACGGAAAUUCCCUACGGUACCCUCGAGAGUGGAUCCACAAUGACUUUUUUCAGGGAUUCCAUGAUUGAAACUUACAAGAAAAUGUGGCGAUUCAUGGAAAACCGAAAGCCAUCGGUAUUCGUGUCGACCUACGAGGAAGGUAUCCAGCGGGUUUUGCAAGGAAAUUAUGCGUUUCUUAUGGAAUCUACGAUGCUGGAUUUUAUCGUUCAACGUGACUGCAAUUUAACGCAAAUCGGCGGAUUGUUGGACUCGAAAGGCUACGGCAUUGCCACACCGAUGGGCAGCCCCUGGAGGGAUAAGAUAUCGCUGGCUAUCCUGGAACUGCAAGAAAAAGGAGAGAUUCAAAUGUUGUACGAUAAAUGGUGGAAAAAUACGGGCGAAACAUGUACCAGGAACGAGAAGGGAAAAGAGUCCAAGGCCAACUCCCUGGGAGUUGAUAACAUCGGAGGCGUAUUCGUCGUGCUGCUUUGCGGAUUAGCGUUCGCCGUGAUAAUCGCCAUUUUUGAGUUUUGCUACAAUUCGAAGAAGAACGCGCUCACUGAAAAGAGAUCAGCCAGUGCACCUCACCAGUCGCUCUGUUCAGAGAUGGGGGGCGAGUUGUGCUUCGCCCUGCGAUGUCGAGGAUCUCGACAAAGACCUGCCCUUCGUCGCCAGUGUUCUAAGUGUUUACCAGGGGUCACUUACGUUCCGGCCCUUCUGGACAUACCCCCUCAUCCACCAGAGCCACCAACAAGGGCCCCUCCAUCGAAUGGACUAUCACCCGGACUGAGCCCCUCUGACAGACCUCGACUUUACAGGGAAGACCACAUGUUUGAUCCAGACCGACAAAGACCUCAUCCCACGGCACACUUUGACAACUGAAUUCGUUAGAGAAACGAUUUUAACGAGUUUCGUCGUUCAUUCAAAUCGAAUCGAGAACGAAACAUUUUUUAACGGGCUACAUUUCUAGCAAGAAGUUGUUGAUUUCCGUCCUUUCCAUGACUUUUUGCGGGAAAUUAUAACUUGUGUGAAUGGACAACUUACAGCAUACUUAUAUAGAGAUAUUGUUGUACAAAGCACGUAUUUUCUAGGUCUAGAUGUUUUAAA